AUGGCGGCGGUGACGAGCGGCGGCCGCAGCGAAGCAGCGGACGAGCUUCUGAAGGAGGCGCUGUUGGCUGCCGGCAACGGUACUAGCGGCAGAGGCAGCGACGGCGACGGCGAGGAGGACCUGGAGGAGAUCCUGAGCGUGGGGUCGUUCCUGCGGCACGCGGCGGAGGAGAACCGAAAGCUCUGGUACCUGGCGGGCCCCGCCAUCAUCACGUCCAUCACGCAGUACUCGCUCGGCGCCAUCACCCAGGUCUUCGCCGGCCACCUCACCACGCUCGAGCUCGACGCCAUCUCCACCGAGAACAACGUCAUCGCCGGCCUCGCCUUCGCCAUCAUGGCCAGCCACACAUGCACGGAUAAAAAAGACUCUGUUGCAGCUGGGGAUGGGGAGCGCGCUGGAGACGCUGGGCAGGCGUACGGCGCGAAGCAGCUGCACAUGCUGGGCGUGUACCUGCAGCGGUCGUGGAUCAUCCUCAACGCCAUGGCCGUGCUCAUGCUCCCGCUCCCGCUCUACCUCUUCGCCACCCCGAUCCUGCGCCUCUUCCACCAGGACGACGAGAUCGCCGACCACGCGGGCCGCCUCGCGCUCUACAUGAUCCCGCAGCUCUUCGCCUACGCCUUCAACUUCCCCAUCCAGAAGUUCCUGAAGGCGCAGAGCAAGGUGAUGGCCAUGGUGGCCGUGUCGGCGGUCGCGCUGGUGUUCCACGUCGCGCUCAGCUGGGUCCUCGUCGGGCCCAUGCGGAUGGGGCUCGUCGGCCUCGCCGUCGCGCUCAACGCGUCCUGGUGGCUCGUCGUGCUGGGCCAGCUCGCCUACAUCCUCAUGGGCUACUGCCCCGGCGCCUGGAGCGGAUUCGACUGGCUCGCCUUCUCCGACCUCUUCGGCUUCGCGCGCCUAUAG